AAAAAAAUGUUACUCUUCUUGGUAUCUUGCUUUUCUUUUCUGUUGAUUUCUAAGUCAUUUCUCAAGCCAUACUCAAGUUCAAAGGUUGAAUGCAGUACAUAUAAUUUCUAUGAAGCAUUACACAGAUUAUUUCUGUUGUUGGGCAAAAGGAGAAAAAUUUCCAUCAGGGCAUUUCAAGUUCCACCAAUAAAGAGAAUUUUGAGUGAAAUAUCCGGUUUUGAGAGGUCAGAGGAAAUUAAGGAAGAGAAAAAUGGGAACUUUUUACUUGAUCUGCCUGAUUUGCCCCUGGACUGCAUUCUUGAGAAGCUCUCCCCUGUAGAUUUGUUUAACUUAGUGAGGGUUUGCAGUUCUUUGAGAGAAAAAUGCACAAGUGAUCAUUUAUGGGAAAAUCACAUGAAAAGAAAAUGGGGUGGAGUUAUUGGUGAUGAUGCUUACAGAGAAUGGCAAUGCCAAAUGGCCUCAAAAAGGGCUCCUAAGUUCUUGCAUUGUAAAGCACAGAGAGGGCUCCGGCUAUUUUCUCGAUUUUUCGACUUUUUCGGUUUCAAAUCGGAGAGUAAAGUAGAGAAAAGUGGCUUAACAAGCCAUUUCCCAGAAAAUUCAGUCAUGUCCUGCUAUCUGGCUCUUGAGACCGGAAAAUUUUGGUUCCCGGCUCAGGUGGUUCAGAAAGGGCAUUUGGGAUUUGUGCUCUCUUGUUACGAUGCUCGACUGAGCUAUGAUUCGACAACCGACAAUUUUGUUGCUCGGUACAGAGCACAAGGGAGGAGUAUAAUCGAGGAUGGGAUCGAAUGGAAUCAAAUACGAGCACCGGCUAUUAAUGCUCCUGCAAAUGCUGUUUAUAUUUCUAAGUGUUUAGAUGAGCUUAAACCUGGUGACCAUAUUGAGAUUCAGUGGAGAAAAAACAAGGAGUUCCCAUAUGAUAACGUGAUUUUGGAGUUCAAACAAUACAACACGGAUUCAAGAUGGAGGAAAGUUAUGAUUAGCCGAAAGGACCAUAGAGAAAUCGGCAACGAAAUGGAUGGUUUCUAUGGUGGGAUUAGAAAGCUACACAAGAAAGAGGAGAUUGCAAAAUGGAAAGAGCUAUGGCCAAAAUAUAAUGCGCCGGUGACGAGGGUAGUAGUGAUCGCCAGUAUUCUUUUCACAGUGGUAUUUGGGAUCCAAGGUCGCUCUAGAAUUUUCAAUUGGUCUUAUCAGGAUAUUUUCAAGAAAUUUCAAAUAUGGAAGCUCAUAGUUUCAGUUUUUGGCUUUUCAUCUACACCGGAACUGAUUUUCGGAGUUUAUCUUCUGUACUACUUUCGUGUGUUUGAGAGGCAAAUAGGUUCUAAUAAACACAGUGUUUUUAUCCUGUUUUCCGUCAUCAUGUCUUUAGUGCUUGAAGUCGUUGCACAAUGGCUACUUAAAGAUCCCUCAUUGAGUAUUCUCACAUCUGGACCCUAUGGCCUUAUAUUUUCUUCAUUUGUUCCCUUCUAUUUCGACAUUCCUGUUUCGACGCGGUUUCGUGUGUUUAGCCUGAACUUCUCAGACAAGACUUUUAUUUAUUUAGCUGGACUUCAGUUAUUUUUAUCAUCCUGGAAAAGAUCCAUACUUCCAGGGCUUUGCGGUAUUCUCGCAGGUUCCCUGUACCGCUUGAAUGUCUUCGGCAUACGCAGGCUAAAGUUUCCCGAAUUUAUCGCAUCAUUUUUCUCAAGACUGUCUUUGCCAUCUAUUGGUAACACAUCACCCACCACCAGGUCAUCGCCCAAUACCGGUCGCCAGAUUGAGGCAAACUAUCCAGCUCCAUUGUCCUCGACCGAACCACCUGAGGACUCAAUAGCCACACUCGUUUCAAUGGGCUUUGACCGAAAUUCGGCAAGACAGGCUCUCAUACGAGCAAGAAAUGACGUCAAUACCGCCACUAACAUCCUUCUCGAAUCUCAAGGGCAUUGACCCAAGUUAUGUGUUGGUUUGAAUGGUGUAUUCAUCUCGAGCAAUGAGUUAUCGGAUUUUCUAAACUGAGAAACAUUUUGUCUCCAGUCGACAAAAUCAUAUGUUUUUCUUCUUCUUGCCUUCAAUAGGAUUUUUGUUCCUUUUUUUUUUUUUUUUUUUU